CUGGAGUUGGCGCGUCCCGGGGAGGCUCCCGCGGCGGCGCCGGCGGCUCCGAAAGUUGGAGCCCAGGCGAGCGGGCCGGGCCGGCGGGGACUGCGGCCGCGGGGGCGCGGGGCCCCGGCCGCACCAUGCCCACCUUCGACGAGGCGCUGCGCAAGGCGGGCGAGUUCGGGCGCUUCCAGCGGCGCGUGUUCCUGCUGCUGUGCCUGACGGGCAUCACGUUCGCCUUCCUCUUCGUCAGCGUGGUCUUCCUGGGCACCAGGCCCGAGCGCUUCUGGUGCCGCGGGCCGAGCGCCGCCGCGCUGGCCGAGCGCUGCGGCUGGAGCGCCGACGAGGAGUGGAACCGCACGGCGCCCCCGGAGCCCCGCGGCGACGGCCGCUGCGAGCGCUACCUCCUGGAGGCGGCCAACGCCAGCGCCGCGGCCCCGGGCGCGCCGGGCUGCGCCGACCCGCUCGCCGCCUUCCCCAAUCGCUCCGCGCCGCUCGUGCCCUGCCGGGGCGGCUGGAGAUACGCCCAGUCCCACUCCACCAUCAUCAGCGAGUUUAACCUCGUGUGUGUCAAUGCUUGGAUGCUGGACUUCACUCAAGCCAUCCUCAACCUGGGCUUCCUUGCAGGAGCUUUCACGUUAGGCUAUGCAGCAGACAGGUACGGCAGGAUAGUCGUUUACUUAAUAUCCUGUUUUGGUGUUGGCAUCACUGGAAUUGUGGUGGCGUUUGCACCCAACUUCCCAGUGUUUGUGAUUUUCCGCUUCCUACAAGGUGUAUUUGGAAAGGGAACGUGGAUGACUUGCUAUGUGAUUGUGACAGAAAUAGUAGGUUCAAAACAAAGGAGGAUUGUGGGAAUAGUGAUUCAAAUGUUCUUCACCCUUGGAAUCAUCAUUCUCCCGGGAAUUGCCUACUUUAUCCCCAAUUGGCAAGGGAUCCAGUUAGCCAUAACGCUCCCCAACUUUCUCUUCCUCCUUUAUUACUGGGUGGUUCCCGAAUCUCCCCGCUGGCUGAUUACUCGAAAGAGAGGGGAUAAAGCAUUAAACAUUCUGAGGAGCAUUGCUAAAUGCAACGGGAGGUAUCUCUCACCAAAUUACUCAGAGAUCACUGUCACAGAUGAGGAAGUUAGUAAUCCAUCCUUUAUAGAUCUGGUGAGAACGCCCCAAAUGAGGAAGUGCACACUUAUACUUAUGUUCGCUUGGUUCACAAGUGCAGUGGUAUAUCAAGGACUUGUCAUGCGCCUGGGAAUUGUAGGAGGUAACCUCUAUAUAGAUUUUUUCAUCUCUGGAGUUGUGGAACUGCCAGGAGCUCUCUUGAUUUUAGUAACCAUCGAGCGUGUUGGACGUCGCCUCCCCUUUGCAGCAAGCAAUAUAGUGGCUGGAGUGGCAUGCCUGGUCACGGCAUUCUUGCCGGAAGGAAUUGCAUGGUUGAGGACCACAAUUGCUACCCUGGGAAGACUGGGGAUAACCAUGGCCUUUGAAAUUGUUUAUUUGGUAAAUUCAGAAUUGUAUCCAACAACAUUACGAAACUUUGGCGUCUCACUCUGUUCAGGUUUGUGUGAUUUUGGGGGCAUCAUAGCCCCAUUUCUGCUCUUUCGGCUAGCAGCAGUUUGGCUAGAACUACCACUCAUCAUCUUUGGAAUCCUGGCAUCUAUCUGCGGUGGCCUCGUUAUGCUUUUGCCCGAAACCAGGGGUAUCGCCUUGCCAGAGACAGUGGAUGAUGUAGAAAAGCUUGGCAGGCUUUCGGCACCAUUGCUAGACUCCAAUCUCACCUACCGUGCAUCCAGACUAUGAGUCUGGUCUUGUUUCCCACCUCCAUUGCCCAGUUCGCGUCACGAUAUGCAGCUCUACACUCAACAUCUCCCAUGCUGGCUUAAGUUAAGUCAUCGGUAACAAAUUGCAUUCCCAAGAAUAGAGCUACUUGUCAUGACUCCCAUACAUGUUGUAGCUUUGGAAACUUUCAUCCCAGGGCCCUAAAAAGAUAUCAAAGAGGUGUCAAGCAGUCUUAAGCUGACAAGGUAGAUAUCCUGGGUGACUUACUAGAACUUCACAGUUCUCUUUUCUGUGAUCUGAUCAGCUGCUUAGUCCUUUAUGCAAUUAUGCCUUAUGAAAAAAAGCUAAAUUUACUAAAAAUAUAUUAGAAUUGCACUAUUUAAAAUUGGUGGUGUAGAGGAUGAACAAAGAAUGCGUAGACAUUGAAGAGCUAAAAACAAAUCAACUCAAGUCAAGGUAAGUAUAGAGUUUACAGAGUUUAUUUUUGACAGACGUCACAGCCGUAUUGCCUUAUCGUUACAGAAUCUAGCAAUGCAUGGACGGGAAAAAAUUUAUCCACAAUAAUACCAAAAAAAUGUUGAGGUUUGGCAGUAGAUGGUAGCCAAGUACAGUGUCCUAGUUUGAUUAUUGUCAAUUAUUUCUGAACAUCCUAAAUUCCCUACCCAUGUUCCAGUCUCUAGAUAAGUUGAUGGUUCACUGUGUCACCCAUCCAAUUAAUUAUUUUUCAUUACUCCUUCAAUCCAAGUAACAAACCUUGAAACACGAACGUAAACACCAGGCUUAUUGGGUCGAGCACAGCCAAGACCCCAAGAAGUGACUCCUUGUAAAAUGUAUUUGUCCAUCUCAAAGCAAACCAGAGGUCCUCCACUGUCACCCUACAUAGAGGGGAGAGAAAAGGGCACAUGACAAUUAAACCACCAUCUUUUUAUUACGGGGUGUCAUCCUUUUAUUCUCCAAAUGCGCAUUUUCCCAGCAUUUGGCCAUUACUUUCUAGGCACAGAGUAACUUAUUAACAUCACAUUGGAGCAGCUACUGGGCUAAAGUACUUAACACAGUAUGUCAACAGAAUCACAUCAUGUUGGUUUUCCUUGGCAAAAAAAAUCUUUUGUGAAUACUGUACUCAUCACUUUGUUUCUUGGGGUUUCAUUCUCUUAGGCAGGGCUAACCCCAAGUACAACUGGAUACCAGGCGCAUUGGAUCUUGUCUUUUCCCCUCUUCCACCUUCCCUAAUGGAAACGUCGUCACUUGAGACCCUUCUACCAGCAGACUCCAAAGAGGCACGUGGGCUAUGGGAGUGACAAAAACCUCACUGCUUUGCUACUGAUACGGAACUCAAGGUCCACAGAACCGCCUUAGAUUUUCUGAAUCAAGUUUUCUGGGGCAAACCUAAAGGGUCUCUGGACAGCAUGUAGACUGCGACCCCCAGCAGAUGGCUCCUUCUUGAAUUUGCUGGUUUGGGACUGAAGAAUCUACAGGGCUGGCACUCGGUGAGCUUUGGUGUGUUUAGUCUUUUCUUACCUGGCAACUAUCAGUGCCUCCAGACAACUGCCCAGCACAAAGCUCGGUCGAUCUGACCCUUCCGUUCAAAUACUCGAGACGAUUGCACACUUUAUUUUCAAUCACAGGGAGCUGGGCUUCCUUGAGAAAGCCGGCUCCAGAGGUGCCUGGGUUGAAAAAGACCAAAGAAAUGUUACUGGAGCCAAAACAUGUUCACAAGGAAACUUCCAGAAAACACAUCAGCACUGUUAGAUCUGUUGUUUGUCCAUGAGGUUGGAUAAAACAAGUCAGUUCCUAAGACUACUGGAACGUGUUUUGAUUUGGUUUUGUUUAUCUUUUGACCCCGGAAAGUAUAAGUAUUAUAUAAGAUUUUAUGUUUCCACAGACCUGGAGUGAACAACCUGGACUACAUGGUAUUUGCUUUUUUUUUUUUUUUUGGUUUGGUUUUUG